GGAGGAAGAAAAAGGGGAACCACUAUACUAUAUUCCACAGUUCCACCCUUCGUGAACGAGCGGAUCGCAAGGCCAAUAAUAAUAAUAAUAUUAAUAAUAUCUAUAAUAGUAAUAAUAAUUAUAAAUAAAUAAAAUCACACUCCAUUGCGAAACAAAAUUAUAUAAAUAUAUACAUUUGUUGCAGGUGUGCGGUGACCAAUUGGAAUACACCGGCGAUGAAUAUCACUCCGAUAACAUCUUACAAGGAACCAGGGACACCAUCCAGUACGGUUAUUGCCUAUGCUGUGCAGUGUGACAAGUGUUACAAGUGGAGGACAUUAGCAACUGAAGAACACUUCGAAGAGAUCAGACGUAACCUAACUGGAGACCCUUUCGUUUGUGACAAACUCCCUGGGAUCACCUGUGAGAAUCCUGCUGAUAUCAACUACGAUUCAUCUCAAGUGUGGGCCAUUGACAAACCAGACAUCCCAAAAACCCCAAAAGGUUUCAAGCGAAUAGCUACUCUUAGAGGUGAUUAUACUAAAACGGAUGUGAAGUAUUUGACUCCUGAUGGGAAACAUAUAAGAACGAGUCCACAAAUGGUGGAAUAUCUUAAAAGACAACCGGCAUACAGUGAUUUAUCGCUAUCUGAUUUCUGUUUUACAGCUCCAAAGAUAAUGAGUGACACUGUUCCAAAACAUUAUAAAAAUCUGGCUAGUAGCACCAAGAAGAAGCCAAAGUUGAAGUAAGUGUAUGUUCACUUUUAGGGUAUGCGUGUGAGGGAAAUCCUUAUGUACCUCAUCCAACCAUGUUAUCAGAUCCUUACCCUUAGAAUUCCUCACCUAAAUGCCGUUUUCUUGGACGUAACAUUGAAUUUAAUCUUGAUGAUGUCAAUGUAUCUAGCGUCUAGCAUAUUUACUAUAUGCUACAAAGUAGUUGUAGUGUUGGCGAUUUCUGUCUUUGGGUUGUAUGUUAAUGUUGUAAUAAACUAAUAAUGUUGAACUAUAAUAGAUUGGAAACCUGUUUACUGUUA